GUUGGUGUUGUUGAUUCAACUUGUUGAUAAUUGUUCUAUAAGAAAUAAAUUCGUUACGACAAUGUCGAAAAAGAAUUUAAUAAGAAAUAAAAUAAAAUUUAUUUACUAAAGUUGAGCAGUGAAAUUAAAGUCGUGCCGGUAGAUACAUCAGGUGUGGCUAGUUCAGGCAUUUUUAUAUUUCUUCUUCGUGGUCUUGUUGUUCUUCUUCUUUUAUUUUAUUUUUCACCUCAUCUUUGUCGUGGGAAGUAGAAACGUGACUGCAUGCCUUGCGGAGUGAUCUGAACGUAGUGAACGAUGAAACGGGUGUGCUGACGACUUUGCUACUGGAUACGAGCCACUUUAGAGUAGUGCAUAUAUAUAUAUAUAUAUAUAAAAUACAAGCCAACAGCACACGCCAUGGCGCCUCCAGACAGGAUGAGAAGAUGUUCGCCUCCACGGCCUGGAUCUGGUCUCAGUCAUUCCGUGCUUGAUCUUGCACAAAUUCGUGCACUGGUAGAGUCAACCGGAAUGCUGGGAACUGGUUCGAUGUGUCCAUCCUGUGAGAUGCCUUUCGAUAAAGGCAAGAAACGACGGCUUAUUGACUCCUGUGGACACGAGCGUUGCUACUCGUGUUUAUUUCGCAGCGAGGCCUGUCCUAUCUGUCGCCAUGACGUGCCAGAUCGACAGAUUCGUGAUGACAUUGGUCAUUAUGAUACUGGAUUUAGUUCUUCAGAGCCAGUAUCUAUGAUUGCUAUUGAUGAAUGGAAUGAUGAUGUAUCUGGUAUCAAUUCUUUAUGUGGGAGUCCACUACCGAGGAUAAAAUUUUCUCAACGAUGUAAAGAGUCUCGUUCACAUCAAAAUCAGGACGUAACGUCUCCAUUGGCGACUGGUAAAGGACUAAAGGGCAAGCCACCAGUUCUUCCGGAAUCACUCGCUUCUCGUCAUAAGUCUAAUGCUAUGGCUCAAAGUUGUCCGACACCACCUAAUCAACGCCGAAGAUUCUUUCUCAAUCCAAAAGGUCUCAGAAGUCCUUUCACACCUCAACGAACAAAAAAAAAUUCUACACCUGACCAAACUGACAAUCCAUCGGCAUUAUCAGACGACGAAGGAGGAUGCGUAAAACCAUUGUUAAAUACCCGAAAAUCUUCUCAAUCCGACCUAUAUAUGAGAUUAGGAUUAUUAUUAGGAUCUGGACACUUGAGAACGAAUUCUUCAAUAGAUACAACAGAUUUAUCUUGUGUAAAUCGAUCUCCAUCAUCGACUGGAGCAUGUUCAAGACCCCAAACUCGUUUAGAUCCCCGAGGACAUGAUACAUCUUUUAGCAGUCUUACAAGUUUUGAUCAACAAACCCUAGCGUCAACAAAUACUAGUCCAGUUUCGACAUUAACUGGAACAUCUAGUGAAGCAGAAGUAGCAGCUGCUUUAAGAUCAUCGACAAAACCUAAAGGAAAGUCUAAAGCCAAGGGAAAAAGAGAUUGUGAUUCAGCAGGAAGUUUGGCAUCGAUAUCGACAUCAAUUUCUGCAUCUACAUCAAUGUCCAUGUCAAUGUCAGUCUCAGUUUCUGGGCUUUCUAACGGGAGUUCCAGUCCCUUGACGUCAAGAAGACAUUCGUCCAACAUUCAUCAAGAUCAAGAGGACUGUGGAUUAAAAAAUCGAAGAUCUUGUGUUAGAAGAAGUGGUAGAGGGGGAAAUAUUAAGCCAAUAGAUUCCAAACUUCGUUUUGUUCCACAUUUAGCAGCACAAUUAACAUUGAAACCACUGUUUUUUGAAGUUCCGCUUAUUGAAGCAGAUCCAUUGUUCACUGGUAGAUAUUGGUUGCUUCAAGAGUUAGAAACAGUAAUCAAAGGUUCCAGUCCAGGAGUUUUAAUUUCUGGAUCUCCUGGCUCUGGUAAAACUGCUCUAAUUCUUCAGUUGGUUGAACACAGCUGCUUUGGACGAAGACGAGAACAGUCUUUACGAGCGGAAAUCGCUGAAUGUGAUGAAGAUGCGAUAUACCAAGAGAAGCAAAUUUGUUCCACUUUUGAAUCGAAUAUUAAAAGAACAAAUGAAAAAAUUCGAGAACUUGCAUCACAUGUUGUUGCUUAUCAUUUUUGUCAAGCUGAUAAUAACAGCACCUGUCUUGUACCAGACCUAAUACACUCCUUGGCUGCACAAUUAUGUCAAGCUCCACAGCUUAUAGCCUACAGGGAAUACCUUCUGUCAGAACCACAUCUUCAGGGGUCACUUUCCCAACGAGAAUGUACCGUUGACCCUGAUCUCGCACUUUCCAGAGGAAUUAUCGAACCAAUGCUGAGUCUCAGGAAAUCUGGAAGAUUGCCGGAAGUCAAUAUGGUGAUAUUAAUUGAUGCAAUAUGUGAAGCUGAAUAUCACAGACCCGACAGAGGUGAUACAAUAGCAUCAUUCCUAACACGACACGCCCCGAGCUUUCCUAGUUGGAUGAAAAUUAUUUGUACGGUUCGAACACAGCUUCAAGAUUGUGCUAAACAGUUUCCUUAUACAAGAAUUUCUCUUGAUAAGAGCUCCAAUGAUCCAAUUAGUGCCAACAUCACGAGAGAUCUAUCGGAUUACAUUAAUUAUCGAUUGAAUCAAAGUCCAACAAUUCAGGCUAACGUAACUGCUUCUAUCAAUGGGAAAGAAUCUUCUUCUGGAGCCAAUCAAACAAGAUUUGCUUCUCAUUUACUUUCCCUAACAGGUGGAAGUUUUCUUUUUGCUAAACUUACCCUUGAUCUUAUUGAAAGUGGUCAUCUUGUUGCCAAAUCUGCUAGUUACAAGGUUUUACCGGUGUCCUUAGCUCAGAUUUUCCAGUUGCAUUUUAAUCUCCGAUUUCCUACUGCUACAUCCUUUGACAAAGUCCAACCACUUCUAGGAGUUUGCCUUGCUGCUUUAUACCCACUCACUCUUCCGGAAAUCUUUUAUUCAGUUAAUUCACUCUACACAGAUCAGUUCGUUUCAUGGGAAGACUUUUUACAGAGAUUCAAGAUGCUUUCUGGAUUCCUCGUGAAACGACUGGAUGAUACUUAUAUGUUUUUUCAUCCCUCCUUCAGGGAAUGGGUAAUAAGAAGAGACGAAGGCGAAUCAACAAAAUUCCUUUGCGAUUUAAGAUUAGGCCAUGCUGCAAUUGCAUUCCGAUUAUCUCGUCUUGAUGCUCCUUUAGAUGGAGACCGAGUUCUAGAGUUGGGUCAUCAUGUAUUAAAGGCUCAUGUGUAUCGUGGAGUAACGUCAAAUUGGCCUUCUCGUGAUCUCCAAGCAUGGUGGAUAACAUCAUCAGCAGAAUGUGUGUCAUCAGCUCUUUGUACUCUACGAAAUAUUUAUAGUCCGAAUGUUAAGGUAUCGAGAUUGCUUCUGCUGGCGGGAGCAUCUCCAAAUCACAUUACAGAAUAUUUAGGCAAUGCACCAGUUCUAUGUAUGUACGCCCAUGAAGGAUCAACGGAGAUGGUGUCAUUAUUAUUGGAAUUUGGUGCUGAUGUAGAGUUAACAAAUAGUCAAGGAUGUACAGCUUUAUCUUUAGCAGCAUCUCGAGGUCACUGUGACGUUGUAAGAAGAUUGGCAGCUGCUGGAGCAUCUCUAGGACAUUCAGAUAUGGCUGGGCAGUGUCCACUUGUCCAUGCUGCACGACAAGGAAGGCUAUCAGUAGUAGGUUAUCUUCUGGCGUGUGAUUGGGUAUCACAUCAAGACAGCGAAGAGUCUAGUUUUAGUGAAACAUCUAGAGAAGAAGCUGCUCAACAAGCAGUUGUAGCUGCAGCAUCUCAAGGACAUGAGGCAAUAGUUGAGUAUCUUUUGGACAUGGCUGAGGUUACAGUAGAUCGUCCAGAUACUUUAGUUGGAGAAACUGCCCUUACGAUAGCUUCAGCGCAUGGAUCAACAGCAACAGUUUCUGCGUUACUUGCACGAGGUGCAAGUCCAUUAGCAACAAAUGCCAAAGGACUGUCACCAUUGAUGUUAGCAGCAAGAGAAGGACAUUGGGGAACAGCUGAAAGACUUCUUCAAAGCUCUUUAUCAUCUAGUACUGAUACAAACUUAGAUAAAGUGACAGCUUUGUUAGAUCAAAGAGAUUCAAUGGGCCGAACUCCAUUGAUGAUGGCUGCUUGUGAAGGUCAUACAAAUUUAAUAGAUAUAUUUUUAGAAAAAGGAUCAAUUCUUGAAGCUACAGAUAAAGAAGGACUCACUGCUCUUGGUUGGGCGUGUGUUCGAGGACGAGUAGCAGCAGUUCAAAAUCUUUUAGACCAUGGAGCUGACAUUAGUAAUAAUGAUAAGACUGGCAGAACACCUUUAGACCUUGCUGCUUUUCAAGGCAAUCCAAAAUUAGUCCAACUACUUGUAGAGCGUGGUGCUGCUAUAGAGCACGUAGAUUUACACGGGAUGAGACCAUUAGAUAGAGCUAUUGGGUGUAGAAAUAUUCCAGUUGUUCAAUGUUUUUUAAGAAGAGGUGCUAAAUUAGGCCCUGCUACCUGGGCGAUGGCUCAAGGAAAGCCAGAUGUUUUGUUAAUCCUAUUAAAUAAGCUUUUAGAGGACGGCAAUGUGUUAUAUAGAAAAGGAAGAUUGAAAGAAGCAUCUCAUAGGUAUGCUUAUGCUCUGAGGAAAUUCCCUGAUACAUUUGAACAAAUUCAAGAUGCUCAGAGUCAAGAGCAGAGUAAUUUUAUGCUUCAUCGACAAACCUUUAGUCAAUUAAAGCUCAAUUUCCUACUAAAUUUAAGUAGAUGCAAGCGCAAAAUGAACGAAUGCGAGGAAGCAAUAGAGCUAGCAGAUGAAGCCUUAAAAACUCGACCGUUAUCUUAUGAAGCUUUUUACGCUCGAGCAAAGGCUAAGGUAGACAUAGGUUCGUAUGAAGCUGCUUUGACUGAUGUUCAAGAAGCUUUACAAAUAGCUCCAGUGAAUAACAGACAAGACAGACGAGUUUUAUCAACUUUAAAAGACGAGAUCGUUUCCAGGAUAGAAGGUACAGGGAUUGGUUGCAGUAAAACUUUGAUAGAUAUUUCAAGGACUAGAUUCAGAGCAUCUAUAGACACAUUAACUGAGCUUUAAAAGCUUCUCAAGAAGUUUCAAACCGCGACCGACUUUUUAUAAUCGAUUGACAGAGCGUUCGCGCGCAUGCGUAAAUUUAUUUUGUUAAUUACUGUAUUUAUUAAUUUGUUUUCCAUUGCAACAUUAAAUUAACUUUAAAGCUUUAUGGUAAAAAUUUUUUCGUUUCUUUUUUAUAAACUAUUCAAGGAAUUAAAGUUCUAUUAUUAUUUGACGUGCAAUCGUUGAAAUUCGAUCGAUUAUUCAAUUAUAAAUCGAAAAAAUGUUAAUAUUUAUUAGAGUUAUAUUUAUGUAUAUUAUCUUUUGUGUAUAUUAUUAUCAAUGGAAAAUAUAAAAUUGAAAUUAUUGGCUUUGUUAUAUAUUAAAU